AGAGUUAGGGAGAGGAAGGAGUGCCAAGAUGUGAUGGCAAACCCAAGGUCCUAUUGGAGAAGUCAGAGCAUUAACGGCUCCUUGGAUACAUCAGAGAGCGACAUCACAAGAAUGGGUCUUGCUUUUAGCUGUGGUUUGUUGCUCCAGGAUUUCUUUUCCAAGCCCCCCAUCCCGUCGCUGUACCCAUUUGAAAAGUUCUACCUCUCCGAGCCUCCAUUAGUCAACAUUGGCAGUGUUUCAAAUGAAAACCUGUCAGUUAUCACAUGCUACAAUUCAAG